GCUAACUAGCAAGCGAGGCCUGGAGACCGAGACGCUGAAAAGAAACAGGGAGAAAACCGCUUGUGGCGCACUUCCGGUGCGCUAAACUGAGAAAAAUGGCUGCGUCCCAGCAGCAGGCUGCAGCUGCUUCGUCUGCUGCGGGCGUAUCGGGUCCGGGUUCGUCUGGCGGCCCGGGUCCGCAACAGCAGCCUCAACCACCAGCACAGCUGGUGGGGCCUGCCCAGAGCGGGCUUUUGCAGCAACAGCAACAGGACUUCGACCCGGUGCAGCGUUAUAAGAUGCUCAUCCCGCAGUUGAAGGAGAGUCUACAGACCUUGAUGAAGGUUGCAGCUCAGAACUUGAUUCAGAACACUAACAUUGACAACGGACAAAAGAGCAGUGAUGGACCCAUACAGCGCUUUGACAAGUGUCUGGAAGAGUUCUACGCACUCUGUGACCAGCUGGAGCUCUGCCUGCGCCUGGCCCAUGAGUGCCUGUCCCAGAGUUGCGACAGUGCCAAGCACUCACCCACUCUGGUGCCCACGGCCACCAAACCGGAUGCAGUGCAGCCGGACAGCCUGCCCUACCCGCAGUACCUGGCAGUCAUCAAAGCCCAGAUUGCUUGUGCCAAGGACAUUCACACCGCUCUGCUGGACUGCGCCAACAAGGUUACAGGCAAGACGCCUGCACCACCUACUGGCCCCGGGGGCACCCUGUGAGCUGGCAGGGCUGGGAGUGGGGCGGGCCGCGGGGGGAAGGGGACAGGGAGGGAAUGAAGAGUGACCUGAAAGCA